CGAGUCUGUUCUGUGAGUAACACUCGGCUUCGAAGUUGGAACGAACCGGCGCCAUUACUCUCGACGUAUUCGUACGAACGAGAUCUGUGUGUGUACUGUUCGCUAGUUUUAACUCCAUCGAUCGUGUUAGAACAUCAUUACUGCGCAGUGCAAGGUCUCGAAUUAAAUAGUAAACGAGUGGCUGAACAAGGACAGUGAGUUCGCUACGACAUGGGGGCUAGGUCCCUGGAGUUUGUACUGCUCCUGGCAGUGUGUACACUUGCAAUCUCCGAGUCCGUGAACAAAACUGGAAAGAAGGACAACAAAGACUCUGAAAAUUUCCUUUUCCAAUAUGAAGAUUACGACUCCGCUGAUGACCAGGAAGUGCUCUUUAAUGAAGACAGGCCGUGUCCCAGAGAUUGCAUAUGUACUGUAUCCCAAGGAUACAGAACAGCGAAGUGCAACCGUUUAGAAGUGGGCACACAGAAAUUUGGAGACGACAUCACUGACCUUGUAAUUGAAAAUUCCGACACACCCAUUGAACUGGAGGACUUUAUAUUCAAAAAAAUUGGUCUGCACCAAAUCGCUACAAUCAAAAUCGUAAACAGCACUAUUAAGUAUGUUGGACCUAAUGCCUUCCAUGGAUUGCACGAACUUUACGCGGUAAACUUGUCGGACAAUAUACUUUAUAGGUUACACCCAGAGACGUUCGCUACCAACAAGAAAUUAUUACUAUUAACUCUUUCAAACAAUCCACUUCACUUUCCUGCACCUGGUUCAGAUGAAUACUUUCUAAAUGCUUCUUCAGUUCAAGAAUUUGAUGUUUCUUAUUGUUACGCACAAUACAUUAAUGCUAACACUUUUAAGAAAAUGCCUGGUGUAAUGUACUUAAACCUAGCCGGAAAUCAUUUGUCUGCUUUGGAAGCCGAUACAUUUAAAUCUCUACUUGACUUAGAAGAAUUGGACUUAAGCGAUAAUAAACUUCGAUCCCUUCCUGACGACAUUUUCUCUGAAAAUACAGAACUUGCUACCCUUCAUAUUCAAAGAAACCCCAUCGACUCAGUUUAUGGACUACAAAUUUCGGACUUACUUACUUUAAAUGCUGGACAAACCGAGAUCAAAUUCGUUGGACCGUCUAUGUUCAAUGGCAUGACAUACAUAGCCAAUCUAAAUCUUAGCGGAAACAGUAUUGAAAAAAUUCACAAUCAAGCCUUCCACAAACUAAUUGAGUUAAACUACCUGGAUCUCUCUUACAAUAAUUUGGACUUCAUUUCGAGCAUUCUCAUCAAAGAGAAUAUUGAAUUAGAUAUUUUCAAAAUUUCCAAUAACGUAAACCUUAAGCAUUUGCCUGUCGAGGGAUUCAACUGCUCUGCUGAACAAUUCAAUAUAUAUUUCUUCGACGCGUCCAACUGUGGCCUAGAAGAGAUAUACGACGAUUCACUUAAAACCUUUACAGCGCUUUCACAAAUAAAUCUAUCUGGAAACAAAAUAAAAUCUAUUAGUGACCGUGUUUUCUCUCGAAGCCCAAAAUUAAUUGAAAUUAAUUUGUCUUAUAAUUACUUGACCACGCUUGACAGUAAAGUAUUUGAGAAAAACAAGGAUCUUGGCAAGUUAAAUCUGCAAGGAAACCCUCUUAAAGUACUUUCAGCGGAAUUAUUCGUUCAUACACCGAUGCUUACGUGGUUAGACAUGAGUCACGCGGAAUUAACUAGUCUCUGGAAAGUAGAAAAGAACCAACCGUCAACCCUUCUUAUCAAUUUGAGUUUCUUAAAUGUAUCACACAACCGCAUUGUGGAAAUUAAACAAACAGAAAUUGAUACUUUGAAGAAACUACGUACUCUUGAUGUAAGUAACAACCUAUUGGCUUGUAGCCGUGAAUUUGAAAACCUUAUGACCUGGCUCAGCAACCACAAAGUUUCACCCAAUGCCAACACUGCCAGCAUUGCAAACUUAGCUGAAGAUGCUAAAGAGGAGAAUGGCACCUAUAGUUGGGAGUUCCUUACACACAAAACUUGUGGUACUCCAAUGCCACAUCCCGUUGAAGCCUUGCCGUCAGUAUCAGAUGAAGAAAUAUGGGAAAGAAUCGACAAGGAUGCUGAUGGCAACUUUGACCUAAAAGAUACUCUUGACGACGGUAAGAUCGCGGAUGAUACAAAAAUGGUUAAUGACGAUGACAAUACUGACGCCGAUGACGAAGACGAAGAUGGUGAAGAAGAGGAAGAUGAAGAUGAAUCAGGUGAAGAUUAUGACGAAGACGAUGAUAACGUUGAUCUCAAAGUAAAACUAAUCGAAAAACCAUCAUCUACAUCUCCUAAACCGACGGAAAAAUCACAAAAUGACCGAAUUAAAAUAGACAUAAAGCUUCUAGAAAACGACAACAUGUAUGACGACCUCGAACCGGAAGUAUACGUUCAAUCGUCCGUGAAAGACGAGGAACAUGGCCACUAUGACUAUCUAUGGCCAAUGCUAAUUGCAAUUUUGGGAGCGAUAUUACUUUUGAUCGUAAUCGGUAAAGUUGUAAUGCUCGUAUGCAGUAAGAGGAACAAGCAAAUAAGAUACAACAGUGCCAUAAUUGCGGCCAUGAGCCAUCAAGGCCGUACAAAGAAGGACUGCGGUUUAGUAUACCAACAACUUUCGGAGGACCUGACGGGUCCAGCCACGCCAAAACUGAACCGCUACGCGCCCCUACACAACGUUGCCGUGAAGGCUUCAAACAUGUCGUAUGAAAGUAGUCCAUUCCACCACAGCAAUAUCGUUCCUGAGGCGGUGUAAAACGGUACAAAUUAAUAAUCAUUCUAAGCAAUUAAAUUAACAACUGCGUUAACUUUUAUUUAAGCAGUAAGUGAUAGAUAUAAGCGCUAGUCAAAACUAUCUACAUAUCUCAAAAAUUAAGCAUGCAUUAAGUGCCUUCAAGAUUUUUCUGAACAAUAAAACUUCCGAAUCUUUAAAUCUAGCGCUUGUCUUAUGAUUAUAGAGAAGAAAGUAACACUUGGAAGUGAAAUUACAACAAAUUAAUGUAAGAUAUACAUAAUUAUAUAUUAUACAAAUUAGUUGAUAGGUAUUAUUUUAUGUACUUAUAAUUAAUAAAAAUUAAACCUUAA